CUAUUACUGUGGUUACAGUCGCCACGGCCGGCUCGGCGCGGCUCAUUUGCAUAGUUUAUGACUCUGGGUGACGGAGGCCGGGGAUCAUGAGAAGCAGGCAGGCAGCGUGCGGAGCCGGAGUCAUGCGGGCCGGCAGUUAAAACCCGUCCAAGGCAUCUCUAGGCGGCGAUGCGCUGAAGGCUGCGGAGCAAACAGCUGGAGGGUUUAUUAAGUGGGCCGGUUGCCAUAGCGACGCUUUGGCAGGAUAUUGCCGGGAUAAGCCGUAAUGGGUCUCUGGACGCAGUUCACUCUCCUCCUGUGGAAGAACUUCACUCUCCGGAAGAGACAAAAGGUGCGGCUGGUCGUUGAAGUGCUAUGGCCUCUGUUCCUCUUCUUCAUACUGGUGUGGGUGCGGACCACCAACAAACCGAUCUACAAAGACCAAUGUCACUACCCAAAUAAAGCCAUGCCUUCGGCUGGAGUGCUGCCCUGGCUUCAAGGUGUAGUGUGUAACAUCAACAAUCCCUGUUUGAACUCUCCGACGCCAGGGGAGACGCCCGGACAAGUCAACAACUUCAACAACUCCAUAAUUGCCGGGAUGCUGAUUGAGCUGCAAACCCUCCUGGUGAACAGAUCAGUUCUCAGCAAGGCCCAGUUACUGGCAGACGACAUCAGCCAGUGGGCUGUGGUUCUGUCCCAGUCCAGCUCCAGUAACGCUCGGCCAGUGAACCUAGGGAGCCUCCUACGAGACAACCAAUCCUUUACCGCGUAUCUCAAAGACACUCUGGGAGUCCCAGCAUCAGUCGCACUAAGCCUGACGAAUGCUAAGGUUUUCAUAAAUCCAAUGACGGGCACCCCGAGGCCCGAUAGCCUGAGGAGGCUGCUGUGUGAGGGGACAGGUCUGGAUGGGUAUGUCCAAUUUAGCAGCCCAGCUGAGAAGGAGGCUCUUCAGAAUGUCAGCUGCUCCCUGACGCCGCAGCAGCUGAUCGGCGCCCAGCAAAAGCUCCUGCAGAACCUGGAUGUGAGGAGAGUGCUCUCAGCGCUGCCUUCAGCUUUGAACCUGAAUGCAACAGACCCAGCGACACUCCUGGGGAAAACCAGUCGCGACGCUUUACCCGUGAUUCAGGAGGUGGCCCGGCUGCAGAGCUCUCAGGUCUUCACGGCCGCCCGCUCAUUGGAUUUCCAGGGGGACAUGACCGGCAGCAUCAGUAUGCUGCUGUGUGGAAAGCAGCCUGACAUCAAUUCCACCAAGAUGACCCUCAGCUUACGCUCACCUAGACAGGUGGUUAACAGCAAGUCAAUCUUCGUUACAGGCAACGCUUCAGAGACUUUUUGCCAGACUCUUGUUGACACCCUGGCGGGCACACCUGGUCUCCGCAGCAUUUGGAGCACUUUCAAGCCGUUAUUGCUGGGGAAGGUCCUCUACACACCUGAUACGCCUGCUGCUCGUCUCCUGGUGAGAGAAGCCAACGCCACGUUUGACGCCUUGGCCAAGUUGAAGGAGCUCGCUGAUUCGUGGGACGAGCUCGGGCCGCGCGUCUGGAGUUUCCUUGAAAACAGCACCCAAGUCAAUACGAUACGGGCUCUGCUGGCGAAUCCCGUCUUUGCCGCAGCUCUCAACCAGCCUCUCAACGGCACCGGAUGGACGGCAAAGCGGCUGGCCGACUUCCUGUCCAACGGGCCUCCGGGGCCCACGCUGGCCUUGAACUGGCGGGAUGUUUACAACACCACGUCCCAGAUGCUGAAGCUCCUCUCAGACUUCAUCGGGUGUUUGGACUUGGAUAAAUUCGAGGCUGCGCCCACUGAGGCCCGUCUGGUGAGCAGAGCAAUGGAGCUCCUGAGCAACGGGACCUACUGGGCCGGCGUCGUCUUCGAGAACCUGCCGCUGGACUCCAGCCAACCGCCCGCUCACGUCAAGUACAAGAUCCGCAUGGACAUCGAAGAAGUGGAACGAACCAGCAAAGUGAAGGACAGGUCAUGGUCUCCCGGGGCUCGAGACAAUUCCUAUAACGACCUGCGCUAUAUAUGGGGAGGCUUCGCCUACCUGCAGGACAUGAUGGACCACGGCAUUAUACGAGCCAAGACGUCAAAGAGUCAACCCCUCGGCGUUUUUGUCCAGCAAAUGCCAUACCCGUGCUUCGUGGAUGAUGUCUUCAUGCAGAGCAUCGGAACCAUCCUCCCCAUGUUUCUAGUGCUGGCCUUCAUGGAGUCCGUGGCCAUGACCAUCAAAAGCCUGGUGCUGGAGAAGGAGCUCCGGCUCAAGGAGGUGCUGCGCGCCGUCGGCGUGAGCAACGGCGCCCUGUGGUCGGCCAGGUUCACGGAGAGCAUGGCGCUGCUCACCGUGCCCUGCGCGCUCAUAAGUGUCAUGGUGAAGUUCGGGAAGAUCCUCCAGUACAGCGACCCCUCGCUCAUCUUCGUCUUCCUGCUGGUGUUCUGCGUGGCCACCACCUCCCAGUGCUUCCUUAUUAGCGUCUUCUUCUCCAAGGCCAACCUGGCGGCCGCGUGCGGCGGCCUCAUCUUCUUCGUCCUCUACCUGCCUCACGUCCUCUGCUACGCCUGGAGGGACGUCAUGAGUUUCGGGGCCAAGGUUGCGGUGAGUUUUUUGUCGUGUGUCGCUUUUGGCUACGGCUGCGACAACUUUGCCAAGUACGAGGAGCAAGGCAUCGGCAUCCAGUGGUCCAACAUCCGCAGGAGUCCGGAGGAGGGCGAGCGCUACACGUUCCUGGUGUCCAUCGUCAUGAUGCUGGCGGACGCCGUGCUGUACUGGAUCUUGACCUGGUACAUUGAGAACGUCUUUCCAGGCCAGUAUGGAAUCCCUAAGCCGUGGUACUUCCCCUUCACCUGCUCCUAUUGGAGUGGAGGACCCUCAGCAGCCAAGGCGGACCCUGGUCUGCUGACGGACUCCAACAGCAACGAUUAUCUGGAGAAGCCGCCGCCCGACGUCAAAGCUGGGGUCUCGAUUCGCAAUCUCAUCAAAAUCUACAAGACGGGGAAGAAGCUGGCGGUGGACGGACUGACGCUGGACUUCUACGAGAACCAGAUCACGUCGUUCCUCGGGCACAACGGCGCUGGGAAGACGACAACCAUGUCCAUUCUGACAGGACUCUUCCCUCCAACGUCGGGCACCGCGCUCAUCAACGGACACGACAUCCUCACCGACAUGGACAGGAUCCGCGGGCAUCUGGGGAUGUGCCCGCAGCACAACGUCCUGUUCAAUGAGCUGACAGUGGAGGAGCACAUCUACUUUUAUGCCAGGCUGAAAGGCCGCAGCCGCGACGAGGUGAAGACGGAGCUGGACCAGAUGAUCGAGGAUGUCGACCUGCCACAAAAGCGGAAGGAACUCGCCAAGAACCUGUCAGGUGGGAUGCAGAGGAAGCUGUCUGUGGCCAUCGCGUUCGUGGGCGGGUCUAAUGUCGUCAUCCUGGACGAGCCGACGGCAGGAGUGGACCCCUACGCCCGCCGGGGCAUCUGGGAUCUGCUGCUGAAGUACAAGCACGGGCGCACCAUCAUCCUGUCCACGCACCACAUGGACGAGGCCGACAUCCUGGGCGACCGCAUCGCCAUCAUCUCCAGCGGGCGCCUGCGCUGCUGCGGCUCCUCGCUCUUCCUGAAGAAGAGCUUCGGCAGCGGCUACUACCUCACGCUGGUGCGGGACGGCGCCGACAAGAUGGCGGCUCAGCGCGACGGCCUGGUGCACAGCGAGGCCGAGCAGGAGCGGGACCGUCCUUCGGGGCCCAGUCCGGACGACGGCAUCGGCAGCCAGUCCUGGAGCACCUCCGACCCCUCAGACCUGACAGCCGUGGGUCGGCUGGUGCGCCGCCACGUCCCCGAAGCCAUCUUUUUGGAGAGCAUCGGUCAGGAGAUCACCUACGUCCUGCCCUACGGCGGCGCCGCGGACGGGACCUUCGCUCGGCUCUUCAGCGAGCUGGACGUGGCCAUGGGCGACCUGGGCCUGAGCAGCUACGGCAUCUCUGACACCACGCUGGAGGAGAUAUUUCUGAAAGUGGCUGAAGACUCUGGAGAAGAUGCAGAAAUCCAAACAACAAAGCAGGCGUCGGUGAGAGACUGCAAGAAAAGAUCCCGCGAAUCCAAGCGGAACAGCAUCGCCAGCGUCCACGCCAGGUCGCAGGACGUCUCCGGGAUGACGGAUUUAAAGGAAAGACACACGCGUAAAGUGGAAGACGUGAGGAGAAACGCCAGCCUGAGUGGGAAGGGCUCCACGGUCAUCACCGGGUGGAAGCUGAUCAGGAGGCAGUUUCUGGCUCUCUUUAUCAAACGCUUCCACCACGCCCGGAGGAGCCGCAAGGGACUCAUUGCCCAGGUGGUCCUGCCCGCUGUGUUCGUGUGUCUGUCUCUGAUCUUCUCACUCAUCCUCCCGCCUUUCACCGAGUACCCGAGUCUGGAGCUGCAGCCCUGGAUGUACGGACUCCCCCAGACCACCUUUUACAGCAACGAUCUGCCAGAGAAUGUGGAAGUAUCGCAGGUGGUGCAGACCUUGGUGAACAACCCCGGCUUCGGGACGCGGUGCAUGAAUGGAAAUCCAAUAGCGAAGCUGCCGUGUGCGUCAAACGGCUCUGAUUGGUUCACUCCAGACGUGGAUCCGUCGGUGGCAGACAUCUUCCUCAACGGGAACUGGAGCAUGUCGAACCCCUCCCCCCCCUGCCAGUGCAGCACCCCUGAACGGACCAUGAUGCUGCCGGACUGCCCGCCGGGCGCCGGAGGCCUCCCCCCGCCUCAGAGGAUCCAGAACACCACGGACACGCUGCUGGACCUAACUGGGCGGAACAUGACGGACUUCCUGGUCAAGACGUUUGAAAACUCCGGUAAAAGAAGGUACGGAGGCGUCUCCGUGGGAGCGGUCAACUCCCAGGUGCGCGUGACCGACGCCGACGUCGGCGCUGCGUUCAGGGACCUGAGGAGCCUCUUCCGCCCGUUCCAGGAUAAUGUGACCGAUCAGAUCUUCCAGAAGUCUGAAACGCUGCUGAAGAAUCUGGGGACCAGGGACAAUGUAAAGGUGUGGUUCUACAACAAGGCAUGGCACGGCGUAGUGGCCUUCCUCAGCGUGGCCAACAACGCCAUCCUGAGGGGCAAUCUGCCGCCGGGCCAGGACCCCAGGCAGCACGGCAUCACCACGUCCAACCACCCCCUCAACCUCACCAAGGAGCAGAUGUCCCUAAUGGCCCUGGCCACAACCUCCACGGACGUGGUGGUGUCCAUCUGCGUUAUCUUCGCCAUGUCCUUCAUCCCUGCCAGCUUUGUCCUCUUCCUCAUCCAGGAGAGGGUGAGCAAAGCCAAGCAUCUGCAGUUUGUCAGUGGAGUAAACCCAGCUGUCUACUGGCUGGCCAAUUUUGCCUGGGACAUGUGUAACUACAUCGUCCCGUGCCUGAUCGUGAUCGUCAUCUUCCUCAGCUUCCAGCAGAAAGCCUACGUCUCCCCCCCCAACCUGCCCGCUCUCAUCCUGCUCCUGGCUCUGUACGGGUGGUCCAUCACCCCCAUGAUGUACCCGGCCUCCUUCGUGUUCAACGUGCCCAGCACGGCCUACGUGGUGCUGACCUGCGUCAACCUCUUCAUCGGCAUCAACGGCAGCGUGGCCACCUUUGUCAUGGAGAUGUUUGAUGAUGAUAACGUCACUCGUAUCAACAACAUAGUGAAACAGGUGCUGCUGAUAUUUCCGCAUUUCUGUCUGGGCAGAGGCCUGAUCGACAUGGCCAAGAACCAGGCCACGGCAACCCUCUUCCUCAAUUUUGGAGAAGACCGUUUCAAGGACCCACUCAGCUGGGGGAUGGUGGGAAAGAACCUGUGCGCCAUGUCCAUCCAGGGAGCUGUGAUGUUCAUGGUCACGGUCCUCAUCCAGUACAGGUUCUUCUGCAAACCAAGGCUGAUUUCAGCGAAGCCAUUACCUGAAGAGGAGGAAGACGUGGACGUAGCGCGGGAACGCAAGCGAGUGCAUGAUGGGAAAGCGCAGAACGACCUUCUGAGGAUCUGUGACCUCACUAAGGUAUACCCUCGGAAGAGAGCUCCCGCUGUGGACAGGCUAUGUGUGGGCGUGCCUGCUGCAGAGUGCUUCGGCUUACUGGGAAUCAACGGAGCUGGGAAAACCACCACAUUCAAAAUGCUGACAGGAGACAUUCCAGCCUCCAGUGGAGAGGCCUUCCUAAAUGGAUACAGCAUCCGGACAGAGAUGAGGGAUGUGCACCAGAAUUUAGGCUAUUGUCCCCAGUUCGAUGCCAUUAACGACCUUCUCACCGGGCGAGAACAUCUGGAGUUCUACGCCAGGUUACGGGGGGUACCAGAAAAAGAGGUCGCCAUGGUGGCUGAGUGGGGGAUCCAGAAGCUGGGCCUGGUCAGAUACUCCAACAAGCCAGCCGGGACCUACAGCGGCGGGAACAAACGCAAGCUUUCCACAGCCAUGGCCCUGAUCGGUUGUCCUCCAGUCAUCUUCCUGGACGAACCGACCACUGGGAUGGACCCCAAAGCGCGGCGCUUCCUCUGGGACUGCAUCCUGAGUGUCAUCAAAGAGGGACGCUCCGUCAUUCUCACAUCCCACAGUAUGGAGGAGUGUGAAGCUCUGUGCACGAGGAUGGCCAUCAUGGUGAAUGGCCGCUUCAAGUGUCUGGGCAGCAUCCAGCAUCUGAAGAACAGAUUUGGCGAUGGCUACACGGUGGUGGUGAGGGUCGGCGGCUCGCCUCCCGCCCUGAAGCCGGUGGAGGACUUUGUGCAGCGCAGCUUCCCGGGAAGCGUCCUGAAGGAGAAGCAUCACAACACGCUGCAGUACCAGCUGCCGCACGCGCCGGGGGCGCUGGCCGCCAUCUUCAGCCAGUUCACCGAGCACCGGCAGCAGCUGCAGGUGGAGGACUACUCCGUGUCCCAGACCACCCUGGAUCAGGUGUUCGUGAACUUCGCCAAGGACCAGCACGGAGAGGACGAGACCCAGGCCUACGACAACCCGGUGGACACUUCAGACGAGCUGCCGCUGCAGCUGGUAAAGACCUCAGGACAAACUGCAGCCACUUAUCACUGAGUAGAAAUCACAUGUUUACAAAGUCAAACACACGCUCCAGUGGAAUACUGUAAAUGAUGAACUGUAAAUAUUUCAAAUCUCUCUGGAAGCGGUAGCUCAGGUUGUUUACUCCACGGUCUCAAAGACAAACGCCGCCUGCUGCGACCUUGCGCCGCGAUCCGCUGACGGGCAAAGAUGAUUAAUGACCCCGUCGCCCCUGUUUGCAUCAGACAUCAGAGCUGCAGAUGAUGCUCGGUGAAAGCCGCCGGAGCGACGCAGCCGUCGCAGGCUGCCAGCUGGAAAACAUGUCGCGUCUGCGAGAACGCGGCCGUCGCACCGAGACGCCUUCCGUCUCAUCACCGCGCGCUUUAUUUGCUACAUCACGAUGCGGUCACUCAGUUUUUAAUCAUUGCUGUUGCGGCACUUUGAACAGUUCCUAACGACGCAGCCGGACGCGGCUUCCAGCCAACGAGCCUCAGCUUCACUUAGUUUACUGCCGUUUUAAAAUGUAUCUGCAGCUGACGUGUCGCUGGAGAAACUGUACAAAGAUCCCAAAUUCAGCUGCUGAGAUGAAACCCUCUCCAGGCCUCAUUUAACCCCUUGUUCUCCGGCGCGGCCGACCUCUUGCUGUGUCCGAUGUCAUCAGGGACGUUUUGACUGACGCGCGCUCCUGCUCGUCUCCGUCCCGAACGCUGAGAGCGUUUACAAACCCCAACCUGCUUUUCUUAUGCAAAUGAGGCCCCUCUGCACUUAUUGGAGAAUGUAAACACUCCUCUCUCCGCCGGUUUACUGAGAGCCCCACAUCGUUUGAAUGCCUCACAUUAAGCAUCACGCCUGCUGCAGAGAAUAAUCAGGCCUGUUUGUACUGGAUAUUGCUUCAUGCCAAGACGCUGAUUAAACGUUUGCACAACC